CUUUUCUUUUCCUCUUUCCUUCUUCACCACCACCUUAUUUCUCUCACAUAUAUCACCACAUCUUCUCUCUCUCUACUUCUGCUUAUUCAUCCAUCACAACCAUGGCUGCUGCAGUAAGUGCUGCAAUUUCCCUCCCAUCCUCCAAGUCCACUUCCCUUCCAUCCAGAACCUCUCUCAUCUCACCAGAAAGAAUCACCUUUAACAAGGUCCCUUUGUACUACAGAAAUGCCUCUGCAGGUGGAAAAGUGGUUGCUCCCAUCAGAGCCCAGGUCACCACAGAGGCUCCUGCCAAGGUUGAAAAGAUUUCCAAAAAAAUGGAGGAAGGUGUGGUUGUAAACAAGUUCAGGCCUAAGGAACCAUACAUUGGCAGAUGCCUUCUCAACACUAAGAUCACUGGUGAUGAUGCUCCAGGAGAAACAUGGCACAUGGUCUUCACCACUGAGGGGGAGGUACCCUACAGAGAAGGGCAAUCCAUUGGGGUGAUUCCAGAUGGUCUUGACGCCAGAGGGAAGCCUCACAAAUUGAGGUUAUAUUCAAUUGCGAGCAGCGCCCUUGGUGAUUUUGGGGAUUCCAAAACUGUUUCUUUGUGUGUGAAAAGGCUUGUCUAUACCAAUGACAAAGGAGAACUAGUUAAAGGAGUUUGUUCAAAUUUCUUGUGUGACUUAAAGCCCGGGUCAGAAGCAAAGAUUACAGGACCUGUUGGAAAAGAGAUGCUAAUGCCAAAGGAUCCCAAUGCCACCAUUAUAAUGCUUGCAACCGGGACAGGUAUUGCUCCUUUCCGCUCAUUCUUGUGGAAAAUGUUCUUUGAGAAGCAUGAAGACUACAAGUUCAACGGUUUGGCGUGGCUCUUCUUGGGUGUUCCUACAAGUAGCUCACUGCUCUAUAAGGAGGAAUUCGAGAAAAUGCAAGAGAAGAACCCUGAGAACUUCAAAGUUGAUUUUGCUGUGAGCAGAGAGCAAACUAAUGACAAAGGCGAAAAGAUGUAUAUCCAAACCAGAAUGGCUCAGUAUGCAGAAGAGCUAUGGCAAAUGCUCAAAAAGGAUAACACCUUUGUCUAUAUGUGUGGGCUGAAGGGCAUGGAAAAGGGGAUUGACGAUAUAAUGGGGUCAUUAGCAGCCAGAGAUGGCAUUGAUUGGAUCGAGUACAAAAGGCAGUUGAAGAAGGCAGAGCAGUGGAAUGUGGAAGUCUACUAGAGCUUUUUUUCUUGUACAAAUAUGUCCUAUUCUUGAGAUAGCACCUUUAUGUGAUUUCCUCUGCACUGUGUAGAUAGAGUAACCUCCUUUAUAAUUAAUUUUCUUCCUUUUGUUUUUUUCACUCAUAAAGCAAUUGUAGUGUUAUGCCUCUUUCAAAGUUUUUUUUUUUGAGGCUUGGAUCAUAAAAUAUAGUGGAAGAAAACUUCAGCCUCUCUGUAUGGAUGGAUUAUCAGUGACAUUUAUUGUCUAUUAUCUUAUUACCUUCA